AUGGAAAGGGGAAGCUUGUUUUCUGUCCUAAGCAACAAUGUUGAGGCUAUGGAAUUCGAUUGGAUGAAGAGGAUGAACGUCAUCAAAAGUACAGCACAUGCCUUAUGUUACAUGCAUCAUGAAUGUGUUCCGGCAAUUGUUCAUCGAGAUAUAACCAGCAACAAUAUACUAUUGAACUCUGAAUUGGAGGGUUUUGUCUCUGAUUUUGGCAUGGCUAAAUUUCUUGAUCCUGAUUCCUCCAAUCAAACUUUAGUUGCUGGGACUUAUGGUUAUCUUGCUCCAGAAUUGGCCUAUACUAUGGUGGUGACUGAAAAAUGUGAUGUUUAUAACUUUGGAGUGGUGGCAUUAGAAAUAUUAAUGGGAAGACAUCCAGGCGAGCUCAUGACAUCGUUAUCAUCAUCUCAAAGUGUGAUGUUAAAUGAUAUAUUAGACCAACGUCUCCCACCUCCAAACCGUUUGGUUGCAAAGGAUGUUUUUCUUGUUGCUGCAAUUUCAUUUGCUUGCUUACACACUAAACCAAAGUCUAGGCCGACAAUGAAAUGGGUGUCCCAAGAAUUUCUCUCUCACAAGAAACCAGUAACAAACCCCUUACACUCAGUUUCACUGUGGCAGCUGAGGAACCAAGAAAAUUAUAUAAUCGGAGAGAGUGAAACUCAAUAA